AUGGCCAAUGCCGAUGAAUUUUGUCAGUAUGCACGAUUAGGUCAAACAUCUAAAAUUCAAAAAUCUUUACAAAUACAUAAUGUUGAUAUUAAUGCAUUAAAUAUCUAUGGUGAAUCAGCAUUAUCGACAGCUACGUAUUAUAAUCAAGUACUUUCUGUUGAAUGUCUCUUGGCAAAUAAAGCCGAUCCGAAAUUACGUCUUUCUGCUGGACAUACAGCAAUUCAUAUUGCAUGUCGAUUAGCAAAUGUACCUAUUUUACAUUUAUUAUUAUCCAUAAGAAAAGAUCUUGAUUGUCAAGAUGAAGAACAACAACAACAAAAAAAAGAAGAUAAACAUCUAUAUGAAUGUUUACGAAUAAAAGAUCAUGCAAAUUUAACACCAGUACAUUGGGCAGCUACACAAGAAUCCGUAACAAAACGACAAAAAGUUUUUGCUUAUCUAGAUAAACGAAUGCCGGGUGUACUUGAUAGUCGAUAUGAUCUUAACUGGUUUAGCUCAUGGGCAAAAAUACAUCCAUGGGUUAUUGGACAAAAAACAACAAAGAAUAAUCAACAACUUGUACCAAAACUAACAAAUACGGAUAGAAUUAAUCGACAAUAUUGUGAUUCAGGUUCAUCUUUACCAUUAACAAAUAAUAUGACUCCUAUGAAUGUUACUUCAAGAACAUCAUUAAAUAAUUAUGAACGAACUAUAAGACAACCACAAACAGCAACUACAAGUGGAUAUUAUGAUGAUAUUUAUGAUAAAAAUAAACAUAUAUUAUCUAAUGUUGAACAUCUUCCGCAAGUACCACCUUUGCCGAUUACACCUAUUACUAGCUGUAUAGUAACUUCUACACAUUCUAUUUUAAAAAAUAAGCAUAAAACAAAUGAACAACAUUGUGAAUCAGCAAAAUCAUCUUCCGGAAAUAACGAUGCAACUGGUACUAAUUCACAAAAAACACCCUAUUCUCAACGACUUACUUCAAUCAUAAAACAUUCUUUAUCUCCUCUUAUUGAUCGUUCUACUUUUCGUGCUGAACGAGCUCAAGUUAUACCAACAUUUCAUUUUCCUCCUACACUUUCAACUAUUGAAAAUAAAACUGCUAAAGAACAUGAUUAUGAAGAUAUGGUUACACCAAUAUCAAGUAAACGACCAUCACAUAAUUUACUUCUAAAUAUUGUUCCAUCAUCAACAACUCCAUCAUCUGAUCAUAGUAGUGGACGACAAUCAAGAAGACCAUUUGGUUCAUUUGGUUUUGAUACACAUAUUGAUCCACGAAUUAUUAAUGAAACAAUAACACUUUCAACAAUUGAAUUACAUACACCUAAUGAUGAAUCAUUAUAUGACGAUGAUGAUAUUGAUUAUCUAUGCAAAUCAGCUUCAACUUUAGAUAUUUCAACUCCCGGUGCUUAUACGUAUAAUAUUUAG